AUGUCGCGCAAGGAAGACAAGAAGGACAAGAAGGAUAAGAAGGCCGAGGGGGACGGCACCACCACUCUCGUCGUCAGCAUCGACGACUUCACUCGCACCCGCGACAGCCCCAACCCGCUCGACUUCACCCAGUCCAUCAACCUGCUCACGUACCGCAUCAACUCGACCGCCCAGGAUCUCUUCCUCGGCGCCCAACAGCCUACCUUGCUCCCUCCAGCACUAACUUGCGAACAGGUCAUCGUAGGUCUCGCUGCCUUGCAGUCCGCCGUCUCCGAUCUCUCGCGUGCCUACAUCAACCAUGCCAACACGGUGCUCAACCGCGGGCCCUCCACCAUCGACAUCGGCGGCCUCAACUCGCUGCUGGAGAACGGUAUCUUCCCGACCACCACCGCCAACCCUCUCGGCACCGUAGACGGCGAUGCUGCUGCCGGAGCUGCCACUGAGGCCGGUACGGUGCGCGCAGCAAGCCCGGGAGCGCGUUCGGUAGCUGGCACCAAGCGUAAACGAGUACACGACCCCAAUGCUCCCAAGCGUGCUCUGACGGCGUACUUCUUGUACAUGAAGCAUGAGCGGGCCAACAUCGCCGCCGAGCUGGGUACGAACGCGCGACCAAAGGAGGUUGCCGACGAGGGGACGCGUCGAUGGAGCGAGAUGAGCGAUGCCGACAGACAGAAAUGGAAACAAAUGUACGCCGAGAACCUGGCCGUGUACAAGGAGCAGAUGAGCGCGUACAAGGCGAGUCUGCCGGCCGACCACAAAGUCGACACCACCGUCGUCGCCACCCCCAAGGCCAAGGCAGCGAAAGCAGUCAAGACAACCAAGGCAAAGCCGGCUAAAGCUGCAGCCAAACCAAGUGACGAGCAUGACGCAGCCGCCCACCAGCUUCAGCUCUCCGUCCACGAAGCCACGGAGGACACAUCUUCGUCGGACUCGGACUCGUCGGAUAGCGAGAGCGUAGAUGUCACUCCUACGCCCUCGCCGCCGAAGCCGACGCCCAAGUCGCAGAAACGCCGCCAGUCCAAGGCCGCCGUCACGGCUGCUCCGGUGAUAGAGACGCCGGUUCCGGCUGCGAAGAAGGUGUCUCCGGAGAAGAAGAAGGUUGAGAAGGGCAAGGCGAAGGACAAGGAUAGACGGGUGUCUGUCGUCGUUGCGUCCUCGCCGAUGCCAGAGCCGCCCAAGUCGGAGAAGAGGGCCAGGAAGAAGCGUAUUGCUCGUGUGCUUGGCUACGAUGCGCCUUGUCCCGAGAGAGGUGCGUUCCUGACUGGUCCCCCAAUCGCUGCCAAUGCUUGGCUGGGGUUCCUGGCUCAGAGACGACUGGCGCGCGGCGUCAGGCUGAAUCAUGCUGAGGCCACGGCGUUGAUAUCGUCCAACCUCCAAGAGCUCAUACGUGAUGGGAACCAUACGGUGGCCGACCUCAUGGCCAUCGGCAAGACGAUGCUCGGUCGUCGUCAUGUCCUGCCGUCCGUGGUGGCCAGUUUGACCCAGCUCCAGGUAGAAGGGACCUUCAUCUGCGGAACUUACCUGGUCACAGUCCAUCAUCCCAUCUGCUCGGAUGACGGGGAUCUGGAAAAGGCGCUGUACGGUAGUUUCCUGCCCGUUCCGCCAGAUGAUAUCUUCCCAGACCCCGAUCCGGAGGAGUACCGGUCUGAACGCAUGCCGGGGGCUCUCAUCGUCGUCAAGGACAAGCGGAUCGUUCUCAGCCCGGGAAGGAAGAGGAUCAAGCUCAGGGUGACGAGUAAAGGCGACAGGCCGAUACAGGUCGGCUCGCAUUAUCAUUUCAUCGAAACUAACCCGCAGCUGGACUUUGAUCGGGCACAGGCGUAUGGGUAUCGUCUUGAUAUACCGGCUGGCACAUCCCAUCGGUUUGAACCGGGAGAGUCAAAGACCGUCCAGCUCGUCGAAAUCGGUGGCCACAAGGUGAUUAAGGGUGGUAACUUUCUUGCUACGGGGGUAAUUGACCAGGACCGUUCGUCGAGAAUUCUACAGCGCAUCAGGAAAGCUGGAUUCUUCCAUACGCCGGAGCCUAUGAGUGAUGCGAGCUUGCUUGAGCCGUAUUCGAUGACACGCGAGGCGUAUGCUCGCAUGUUCGGGCCCACGACGGGAGAUCUGAUCAAAUUGGCUGCUACCGAUCUAUGGGUUAGGGUUGAGAAAGAUUUCACCACCUACGGCGAUGAAUGUACGUUUGGCGGAGGAAAGUCGCUGAGAGAAGGCAUGGGCCAGGCAACUGGUAAACAUGCACACGACGUCCUGGACACCUGCAUCACCAACACAGUCAUCCUCGACUGGACGGGUAUCUACAAGGCGGACAUUGGUAUCAAAAACGGCAUUAUCGUCGGUAUCGGCAAGGCUGGUAACCCAGAUGUCAUGGAUGGUGUCACGCCAGGUAUGAUCAUCGGCUCGUCUACAGAUAUCAUGGCCGGCGAAAGAAUGUUCAUCACCGCCGGUGGUAUCGAUACCCAUGUUCACUUCAUCUGUCCACAACAAGUCAACGAGGCACUGGCAUCCGGUAUCACGACCAUGUUGGGAGGUGGCACGGGUCCAUCCGAAGGCACAAACGCAACCACAUGUACUCCCUCGCCAAACUCCAUCCGCCAAAUGAUCCAGGCCUCGGACGGGUUCCCCAUGAACUUCGCCUUCACCGGUAAGGGCAACGAUAGCGAACAGUGCGGUCUCAGAGACCAGGUCCGUGCCGGCGCCGCGGGCCUCAAGGUCCAUGAAGACUGGGGUGCUACUCCUGCAGCAAUCGACAGCUGUCUUUCCGUCUGCGACGAACUAGACGUCCAAUGCCUCAUCCACACCGACACGCUGAACGAAUCCGGCUUCGUCGAACAGACAAUCAAGGCCUUCAAGAAUCGGGUAAUCCAUACCUAUCACACCGAGGGUGCUGGCGGUGGCCACGCUCCAGACAUCAUAUCCGUGUGUGAACAUCCCAACGUUCUCCCGUCCAGUACCAACCCAAGCAGACCGUAUACUCUCAACACCCUCGACGAGCAUCUUGACAUGGUAAUGGUCUGUCACCAUCUAUCAAAACAAAUUCCCGAAGACGUAGCAUUCGCUGAGUCCCGUAUUCGCGCCGAAACCAUCGCUGCCGAAGACGUACUGCACGACCUCGGCGCUAUAAGCAUGAUGUCCUCCGACUCUCAGGCCAUGGGACGUUGUGGAGAAGUCGUACUCCGCACCUGGCAUACGGCACAUAAGAAUAAACUGCAGCGCGGCCCGUUGCCAGAAGACGAGGGAACCGACUGUGACAACUUCAGAGCUAAGCGGUAUGUGAGUAAAUAUACCAUCAACCCAGCCAUCGCACAGGGCAUGAGCCAUAUCAUCGGUAGCGUGGAGGUGGGCAAGGCAGCGGACCUGGUAUUGUGGAAAUUCGCCGAGUUUGGCGUCAAGCCCAGCCUUGUCUUGAAGGGUGGCAUGAUUGCAAAUGCACAGAUGGGCGAUCCAAAUGGAUCCAUCCCAACCAUUGAACCGAUUAUGUCCCGGCCUAUGUGGGCUACCUACGUGCCUAGCACAUCUAUCAUCUUCGUUUCCCAAGCCUCCGUCGACGAUGGGGUAAUUGACACCUACGGCCUCAAGAAGAGAGUCGAACCAGUCAAGAAUUGCAGAAAUAUAGGUAAAAUCGAUAUGAAGUUUAACCAAGCCAUGCCGAAGAUGAGAGUUGAUCCGGAGAGCUAUACCGUUGAAGCAGACGGGGUGGUAUGCGAUGCUGACCCGAUCGAUACUCUACCCUUGGGACAUGAUUACUUCAUAUACUAA